GAAAAAUGGUAUCUCCUGAUGACAAAAUUCGUACUUCAGCUCCCAUUUUUUUAUGUUUGAUUUUCCAUUUUAAAUUUUAUUGAAUGCAAAAUAAUCGUUAAAGAUAUUCAAAAUAUUAAAAGUAUCUAAUAUCAUCCAUAAAUAGAUUUGUUUUGGAAAUAAUGAAUACGAAACAGGUACUUGACCGGCUCCCCGUUUUAUGCGUCUAUAUGUGAAAGUUACCAAACUGUACCGGCCUGAAUUGCAGAAAGUUGUUUUAGGAAAUGAUGUUUAUAGCAAGACACGGCCUUAAAUUUAAGUUAUACACUUAUUUUAAACGGCAUCUGUUUUGUAGUACAAUAAAACAUGCAAAUAAAUCUUACCGAAGGAAAUACCUCAGUCGCAUGAGUUUGUACCUGCCAAAAACCUUGAAAGAGGAAGGGUUGAAGUGCACAAGUCAAGAUUUGUUCCUGUACAAUGAAGUUUUAUUUCCGAGUCACACUGGAGCAUAUUGCUACCUACCACUUGGAUUACGUGCCCUUGAGAAACUUAUACGGCUCAUUGAUGAGGAAAUGCAAGCUAUUGGUGCACAGAAAAUUGCAAUGCCAUCCAUGGUCAGAUCUUCUUUAUGGAAGAAAACAGGAAGAUGGGACACACCAGAGUUGUUUAAAUUAAAAGAUAGACAUUCAAAGGAGUAUUGUCUUGGACCUACACAUGAGGAGUUAGUUACAGACAUGGUAUCUCAGUAUGGUAAUAUUCCACAUAGAAGGCUUCCAAUCAUGUUAUACCAGAUAACAAAGAAGUUCAGGGAUGAAAUGCAUCCGAAAUAUGCCUUGUUGCGAGGGAGGGAGUUUGAAAUGAAGGAUUUGUAUACGUUUGAUACAGAUGAAGACACUGCUAAAGAAACAUACAGCAUGGUUUGUGAUAGCUACUGUACAAUAUUUGAUAGACUCAAGCUGGAUUAUGUCAAAGUUGAAGGAUCCACAGGGAACAUAGGAGGGAAGUUGUCACACGAGUUCCAUCUACCUGCAACAAUAGGCGAGGACUCACUCUACUUGUGUAAUAAGUGUGGUUAUGGAUCAAAUGAGGAAUUAAUAGAUGCUGAAGAUCUGCUUAAGAACCAUGUGACUUGUCCUAAAUGUAAAGCUGAAAUGACACAUGCUCCAGGAAUAGAGGUUGGACAUGCAUUUUUGCUUGGUACAAAGUAUUCUAAGGUUUUCAAAACAAACUACAUAGAUGCUUUGCAGAAAAAGAGACUGACAGAGAUGGGAUGUUAUGGUCUAGGUGUUAGCCGAAUUUUACAAGCCAGUGUAGAAGUACUGUGUCAAGACAGAAAGAUACGUUGGCCAUCUUUAAUAGCUCCAUAUCAAGUUUGCAUUAUACCACAGAUGGAAGGGUAUGGAAGUGAAGAGUUCAAUAGGUUAUCUGAUGAAUUAAGUGAUGUAUUGACUAGUUUACCAAACUUGAGAAAUGAAGUUGUGAUAGAAGAUAGAAUUAAAUCAACAGUAGGGAAAAGAAUACACCAGGCAGAUGCUCAGGGAUAUCCACAUGUAAUUGUGGUUGGUAGAAAGUGCCUAGAGGAGCCCCGUUUAUAUGAGGUGAUAGAUAUGGUAGCAGGACAUAAAGAGUUCAUGACCCAAGAACAAAUUGUUGACAAAUUCAGACAUAUAGAGACUAUAUGAACACAGUAUAUUUUACUGGCUUUUUUUACAAAGUUUAUUGCAUGAAUGAUACAAUUGAGCAUUUUUAUAUUAAGAAUAUGUGAUAAUUCAAAAUAAAAAAAUGUCAAAGUUGGAUAUAUUUUCCUUGCAAAAACUUUACAGAUUGUCGAAAAAGUAAAAAAAAAUCACUCUAAGACUUAUACAAUCUAUCAACAUGUAUUUUCAUGUUGGAAAUGUUGGAACAAAAAGGAACACCCCUUUGAGUUUUGCAUUCUGAUGUUGAGUUGAAUAUUACAAGUACACAAACAUUGCCUAUCUAUUGAAGGACAAUAAUUUCUAGCGAUGUCCUGAGUAGCCACAGCAUUGAGGAAUCCUGAAUAAAUGUUUUUGAUGAGAUCACCUUCAGAGACAAAUGCAGGUUUUUUGUUUGUAAGUGCCAUCCGUUAAGGAAUUUAAUAUCACUUGGCCUAAAUGUUUCCAGUAAAGUGUUGACGCUCUAGGCCCAUUACCCAGGCAUAUAGCACCAGGGUCAAGUUUGCAGAGGUCAAAGAUUUACAGGGUAUGUUUCAUGUUGAGCCCAUUACUUUGAAAAUUGUCAUUGGAUAUGUAUAUAGCAUGACCGAUGUAUACCCGUAGCUCCAAGGUCGAGGCUACGCUGUCUAGUCCUUAACUCUUUCAUUCAAUAAUGGAUUUUGAUAUGACUUGUAGUAAAUUAGUAAAUUGCUAUAUCAAGUGUUACACACAACAUCCAGGCCCAAAGCUCAAAGUUUUCAAUUAUUAAGAUCAUAAUUAAUAUGUUGAAUGCAAAUUUGCCUUGGCAGGGAAACAUCUGUAACAUGGUUACAAUUUCUUGUUAAGUGAUCAUUGAUAAAGAUCAAUGUUGUGUGGUUAGUGAUCAGAUCAUAUUUAAAGAAAUGUUUUUGGAUAUUCUGUGAACAUGCUUGGGUGUUUAGUGAUCAUGUUUAAAGUAAAAAUUUUGAUAUUUAGUGAUUCAUGUUUCAAGAAAAAGUUUGUAUAUUUAGUGAUCAGUAGUGGGAGGAGUUACAGUCAAAUCUAUGCAAAAGGAAUAAUAAGACUGAAAGAAUUUAAAAAGUAGCAUUUAUAGAUACUUUUUAUAAUGAAGGUAACAUAAAUUAAUGAAGAUAGGAUGUUAUUUACAAUAUGGCCUUUAGAAAUAUUACAUAACAUAAUGUACAAGUUUUAAAAAAAAUCAGUAAUAAAAGCAAAAUAUGAUAAUAAAAUAGUAUGGUAUAGUAUUUGGUGCGUUAUCCUGCUGUUGUUAUAUUGAUCCAGUAAAAUUAUGAUUAUAGGACAUUGUAUUGAUUUGAUAUCACUGUCACCUGUUCUUAUCAGUGGUAAUGUAUAUCUCAUGAAAAUUUUAUUCAGAUUUAUGAUUUAAAUAUGAUCAGGCAUGAAUACAGUGAGUAGGAAGGAUGGAAAUGAAUACUAGAAUAAGCAUUCAAAAUUUAUGACUGAAGGACAAAAAUAUAGUGGCCACUUUAUCCUUCCAUCAGUCCCAAAAUCUUUGUCCAGAUAACUCAUACUAUAAGGGAUUUGGCAUUUAUUCAUAAUGAUAAUUGAGCCACACCAUUUGAAAACCAACAUAGUGCAUUUGCAACCAGCAUGGAUCUAGACUAGCCUGCAUUUCUGCGCAGUUUGGUCAGGAUCCAUACUGUUUGCUUUCAAACCCUAUUGCAGUUAGAGAAACCGUUAGCGAACAGAUAAUGGAUCCUGUCCAGACUGCGCGGAUGUGCACGCUGGUAUGGAUCCAUGCUGGUCGCAAAUGCAUUAUGUUGGUUUUCUCAUGGUGCAGCUCAAAAAUUUUAUGAAAUUUUACAUACCAUCAGGACGUGUACCAUGUACUGUUUAAAAGUUAUGGCCUUUUGAAAUUUUACAGAAUGCUGUUUAUUAUGCUGAACUAAUAUAAGCCUCGUCUGAGAGCCUCCUUGGUGGAGUGGUUAAGGUCGCUGAUUUUGAUUCUGGCCCAAACUUGAUCAGGAUUUUCCGAUGCUUAUGGUGACUUGCAUAAUAAAUUUGUAAAGCAACUUUGCAGCUUUAGUGACAGAAGAUCCAAGGUGUCCCUCGAGGUAUUAUUUCAGGAACAGGCUGCCACCAGGGUAGAACUACUAAAUAUUACCACAAGUCAGCUGUUGAAAGAUUUAUAUAUAUAUCUCUCUCAUACGAGGUUUAGUACAUACGCCCCAUGUGGUUCUGGGACAAUCUGUGUAUGAAAAGAAUUGGAAUUACUGCCUUACCCAUGCAUGAUCGUAAGAGGUGACUAAUAGGGUCUUAACACUUGGAUUUGCUGUAACUCUGUGAUUCCAGCAGGUAUGCAAAUUUUGAUUCCAUACCUCAUGUUUUUAUUUCGAUAUAAAUGAGAUGUGAAACCAAAAUUUGUAGUCCUGUAUGGUGCCAUAUAACCUAUACUGUGUUGGUGCGCCGUAAAACCUAAAUAAAUAAAUUGAUACACACAGCAGGAUGGAACUAGUGAUUUUAAGUCAACGACUUGAACCAGCUUACUAUGCUGAUCCCAAAUAGUUAAGGUCACUUAAAUGAUAUAAAUAGCUCUUUUACUGCUGUUGGUUUGUUAAAAAUUCCCUUAUAAUUUGAGGGUCAUAUCCAGCUGACUCGUGGGGGAGGGGGAGUUGAACAUUUCUAAUUGUUGUCUACCAGUAAAUGUUUAAAGUCAUGAUAUAACAGAAGUUGUUUUGCUAUACCCUACUCUUUCUUUGGCUGUAAAAUUAUGACUGUAACAUACUGUAGACUGGGUGGUUUUUGCAAAGACUUUAUUUAGCAAUUUCCUAGUUAGUGGCCUUAUGUGGGGUGAUAACUUGUAUCAUGCUUGGCGCGAUUGAUUCUGCCUUUGUGACCACUACAGAUCAUGAUCAGCCUGCACAUCUAUGCAGUCUGAUCAUGAUCUGUACUGUUCGCCAUUCAGUCGGUAUCUUUUUGGUAUGCACCCCUUUUGACAGUUAAUGGUACUGUCCAAAUUGGAAAAUGAACAAGUUCAUUACUGAAAUUAAGCAGGAUGAGGAUUAAGAUUUUUUAAAAUUUGGGUUUGUGAAUUAGGACAUGAUGCUAAUUGUUAUUCAUAAUACGUUGACUUUGUGAGUGGCAAUAUUUGUGAAUAUUCAUGAAAAUAAAACAGUUAAAAUAAUACUCAGUCAAUAGUAACGAAUUUACAAUAACAGAUGCACUUUUACAUGUGAACAAAAUAAAGUGAACACUGAAAUUUGAAGAAUGCUUUUAUUUUGAAGAAAUAAGUAUGUUACUUUAUAUCAUAAUAAUUUUUUUCUGGCAUCAUAUUCAUUGUACAACAUAUAUUUUCUUCGCUUUAGUUACUCGAUUUCUUUGCUUUGAUUGCUCUUCUUCCCUCUUCUGGAGCAGUUUUUAGUUUCCACCCUUCUUUAACCGUUGGCUUCUCAUAAUUCUUUGUUGCUUUCUUUGCAAGAUCUCGUCCUUCAAUUUUUUCUUUAUAAAUAUUUGGCAAUGGCUUUGCUUUGCCAAGUUUUAUUUGCUCUCCUGGUUCUUGUUUGAUUUUUUCUGCUGGAGCAAGCUCUCCACGGCACAUUGUAAUGAGCAUUGCAACAAUGAAAAUUGACAACUUCAUUUGAAAUGUUAAAAAAAUUGUAUUUCAGGUUAACCUUUGUUAGUAAAUUCCUUUUAACUUUAAUAAAAUUUUAUUAUUCGUUAAUCACAGAAAUUUUGAAAAGGUUAAAAUGGAAGUACACUGAGACCCCGUUAUAACGCUGUCGUCGGGGUUAUAAUUUAAACAGGGACUUAUCUUAAACAUGGUAGUCAUUGCCAGAUAUAUAUUGUUCCUCUAAAGUUUAAACAAAGGAUUCAUGAAGGUUUACAAGUAAUGGGGGAAACUAAUUUUAAAGUCAGGUGACAUUUAAAGUUUCAAAAAAGGAAUUGAUACAUUGUCAAUAUCAUUUUACAUUUUUAUAACAAAAUGAAUGUAAGUGUGCAACAGUUUGCUAGAUAUUUUACAAUGCUUAUUUUAAAGUGAAUUUGAGAUUGUUUCUGACAUAACUACCAGUCCAAUAAUUAUUCUUGCAAAUAUUGCUAAAUAUUUGAGCCGUGCCAUGAGAAAACCAACAUAGUGGGUUUGCGACCAGCAUGGAUCCAGACCAGCCUGCGCAUCUGCGCAGUCUG